AUGACAGAAAUUCUCACGGGGGGGGGGGUAAUUUUGUUGUACUAUAUUUUCAAGGGGAUGAUCUAUAAAUUAAAUUCAUCAAUAGUUAUUCUAAAAUUAAUUUCUUUCUUAUUUUAUCUGGAUUUAUUAUGCUUCUAUUACAACUAUAAAGCUAAAAUUAAAAAUAAUUUGAAUGCGAAUUUGGGGCAGCGAACGGAAACUACGAAAAAAAUGUUAUCUAAGAGGGAAGAAGCUAUUUAUGAUCUUAUCUUUUUUGAGAAAAGUUUUCAAUUUUCCUUUGUUUAUUUAAAAAGGAAUUUCAAAAAUUAA